CCAAGAGUCCAGGAGAAGUGGCUUGGUUGAAUGCUCUUCGAAAGGUUGGCGCCUUGUCGGCUAUGGUGAAGAAGGGUGAAUUUUCCGCUUGCUGCUGAGUGAGAAGCGCGUCACGUUCAAUCCGACCACUUUACCGCGUCGUUUUCAACCUUCUCUUGCUGGAACAAUUCCUUUCGCCUUUGCUUUCCUUCGAUCCGAUUGUACCAACAGCUCUCGACAACCGUCAACAACUCUUCGCAAUGGCUGAGGCAGCUUCCAGCCACAAUGUACCAUACUAUAAGCACGUCUUUGUCCUUGUGGUGUCGUGGGUUGACGAUGAUCUUGGGGUCUUGGAAGAGGAGGCCAUACCAUUGGCCCAAGUAUUCAGGGACAAGUACAACUACCAGGUGGAGCACUUCCUUCUGCCCCUGGCACAGCCCGAAGCGGUAUUCCAUCAAUUCUUCAAGGAAAGACUUUCGGCUAUCCUCUGCUCGCCAGACAAUCUCCUCAUUCUGUACUAUUCCGGACAUGGCUCGAAAGGAUCCUCUGGUUUGAUUUGGGGUCCUGGCAAUGAAGGCCACGAGAAAGCAUACGAAGAGUACCUCUACCCGCCAACGAUUCGAUGGAACAAAUUCCAGGAGAGAUUUAUCGACCCCGCCCGUGCAGAUGUAGUCCUGAUGAUAGACUCCUGCCAUUCCGGCGCCGCUCCAUCCGCUUCUCUCGCAGCCACUCUUCUUGCUUCACCCGAGCAAGCGAAUUUUCCUGAUCUCCCCCCUCUCAACAACCACCACCGGGUGGAAGUUCUCGCUUCCUGCGGAAAAGACAGCCUUGCCCUGGCCCCUGGCCGCCGAUCCUUCUCCCACUCCUUGAUCAAGGAGCUCAAGUCCCGCGCAAAGACUGGUGCCCCAUUUACAGCCUCCGAACUACUCUUUGCAAUCAUACCACGGCUAAAGGCACAAGACAAGAAGUGGAUUUGGCAGAAGAAGAGCGUCCCGCCGUUGUUCUUGCGGGUCUGUGGGGACCCUGACAUCCCGAGUAUCGAGCUUCGAGUGAUGGAGAGGAGGGAGGACAACUAUGAGGACGAAGACGACACUUUGGUGGAGAAGAAGGGCUUCUGGACACGAGUUUUCAGGACGUGUUAGACUUCUGUCUGUCUGUCUGUUGUUGGAGUAUCGAAUGAAUGAACGCACAAACUUUCGCCCGACAAAAUUCUUCUUGAAUGCACUUGAUGAGCAAAGGCAUUUUGUUCUGUCCUUGUGAGAGUUCGGCGUUGCCUGGGAUAAUCUCUCAGGACUGGGGUUGUCGUCAUUCCUUGUAACCUGCUGUCGUCAAUUCUUAGCGACCACGUGACCAGCUCUCCUUUCAAUAUCGCUUCACCUUCACGACCCACUUCUCAGCCCCCUUGCUGAAGCCAUGGACCGCAGCAUUCCUCAGACCCG